AUGGCAUCUCCCAUUACCUCUGUUCAGCAGCAGCAGAGCCGUCCAGUCUUCUUUGGCAACAGCUACGACAAUUACGAUGAACAAGACGACGGCCAGGCGCCCCUCAUUAGCCUAUCUGUGCGCGGAUCACGCUUCGACAUUUCCAGGGAGGAAUUGACAAAUCUCCCAGAGUCCAUUCUCUUGUGCUUGUUUCCGCAUGGAUUGAUGCUAGACGACCACCAAGAGUCGCUCAUCAGCGUUGAUUUUGACCCAUUGACCCUUCAAUAUGUGCUCGACUUUUUCCGCAAAGCCCUGCUUGAUGCGCCAGCUGGUCCUGCGCUCUCAUCCAAUGCAGAAUUGCUGCCUGGCAAAGCCGCCAUCAUCGUGCUCAAGGAGGACCUCGAUUUCUAUGUCAUCCCACCAAAGGGGCUCACACCUGCAACAACAUCCGCGCUACGGCAUGCAGCCGGCGCCCAUCUCGUUCAGCAAAGCAGUAUCUUUGAUGGACUGCGCAAGUCCGGCCACAAGUCAGCAGGUACGGCAGAGCAACACCUGAUUGAUAUGCUCUGUGCCUCUGGUUUCAAUGCAGAAGAUAACUGGUCGAAGCGGCUGCUUGAGCCAGGCAAGGCUGGUAUCACUUCUCUGGCACUUGCACUCCUCAAACAAGGAAAUACUGCUACCGGCAUGGCUACGAGUCAAAAAUUACUCCUAUUCUGGCGCAAACCAGCGAGGAAGUGUUGGUGGGAUGCCGUCUACCCGACCUCUGAGGACCUGCCAGGCGUGCCGCUCGAUGGACCGGUCAAAAUCUGGGCACGGCGUGUAUGGACACUCGAGUUGUCCAUCACUGGAUGA